CCACUUGUUCUGGAUGUCACGGAGUUGCUGUCGGAGCUUGCUGCGUGCGAGACGAAAGGCGGCUUUUCUUACAUGACAAGAAGGCUGAGCGAGGUGUGCUCGGUGGGCAGUUCUCCCUCAACAAUUCCUGGAUCUCUUAAUUGUUUUCAUCAAACCAGCCCGUGUUCUUCUUGAAGGAGAAAAGUUCCUCAGAGGACUGCAGGAUGCAGUUGCUGGACGGCGAUCUGACCGCGCCGGGAGAGAAGGAGAAUGACGAACAGCGCCGGGCGAGAACGAGAACGAACAGCGCCGUGCUGGGCUGCACAGCGAUCGUGCCGCGCCGGGCGAGAACGCGAACGACGAACAUUGCCGUGCUCGCCUGCACAGCGAUCGGAGCGAGAACGAACCGCGCCCGGCUGCCCGGCGAUCGGAGCGCCCCGGGCUUUCUUCCUACGCUCCUCUCAUUGGCCGGAGCUGGUCAGCGCGUCAUGUUGCACCCGCCCCCGUGUGCCUGAAAUGCCCCGGCACCGAAACGCAGGUGUGCAAACGCGGGGAAUCGUCGGCGGAGAAGAAGGAAAAGGAGAAAGAGGAGGAGAAGAAGGAGAAGGAGAGCGCGUGUUGUCCAGGCGCAGCAAUGCCUCAGGUUCAAGAUGGGGCUUGUCCCGGUCAGGAAGGUGCCUCUUCUAACUGGAAUGGUGAGAAUGCAGAGGAGUCCCUGAGUCUCCGGGAUGGAACAGAAAACAGGAAUAUACACAAAACGAUCCUUGGGAAAUGUCAGGCUCUAGUCAAUUGGUUCAGUUCCUGCCGAGGGCUGACUGUGCUCCUGUGUGUGAUCCUGGUUUUAGUGGUGGCUGUGAUUGUGCUGGCAGUUGCACUUAAGUUUUCACAGCGUGUGGCUUGUCCUGAGGCCUGGGAGCAGCACAACAGCGUCUGUUACUACCUCUUGAGGGAUGGGAGGACCUGGGAGCAGGCUCAGAAUCGGUGCUCCGAGCUCGGGGCCUCCCUGGCCGUGCUCAGCGACAAGGCAAUGGACCACCUCCUCUCUCCCUCCCCGGACCACGUCUUCCGCCUCAAUGGCAACCUGGAUUACUGGCUCGGGCUGCAGAGAUGGGGCGAGAGGUUUCAGUGGGUGGACGGCAGCAGCUACAACUCCUCGCUGGAGGUCCUUGGCAAUUCAGAGUGUGUGUACCUGGCGGACCAUAAACUCAGGAGUGAGGACUGUUCAACAGAGCGGGCGUAUCUCUGCAGCAAACCCCAACCUCACCUGUAAUGGAAGUGAGGGAGAAAGGACCUUCUCCAUCCUGAAGACUCACAGCUUUCCUUCUUCCACUAGCCCAGGGAUGUCCUUCCACAGAUGAACAUUUGCUUUGUGACACAUCUCAGCACAACCUCAGGAACCUCGGUGCCUUUUGUCAUUGUCACCUCAGUAGCUGGUCUCAAGGAGGUGAACCUGCAGGGACAUGAUGUGGAAGUGGAUGUGUGCCUUUGUGGACUAGGGGUUUCUUUCUCCAGAAGUCUUCCUCAUUCUCUAUUUAUAUUUACUUUAUAUUUAUACUCUAACAGUUUACACUACAUGCACUGUAUUCAAGCACUAGAGUGCCUGAAUGUGCUCAUGUAAAGUAUUUUUCCAUUGCUGAACGCUACUUGAAUCAAUGAAUGUGAACCUGGGAUGUCCUGAUUGUGGCCUCA